AAAAGUGCAAAAUACAAAGGAAUUCAUUCUUAGGAUCCUCAUUCUAUGACAAUCGAACGUCUUAUGGUGGUGCAGCGAACGCACAUUCCAGAAAAGCAAAUGUGCAAUGUAAGAAGACAAUUGUGGUAAAUAAUAUGGACAAUCCGAAGAGUGUGAAUGUGAGCCACUCGGCUAUUAAAAUCAUGGAUCUGCUGGAAAAUAGUUCAUCGCCACUAGCGGAGGUAAAGAGGCUAUCUGGAUUUAUUAAUCAUGAUUUGAAUAAGUCGAAACCAGAUGGCGCAUCAAGGAUUGCAUAUAAUAAACAAGAACUGUUCAUUUCGAACAAGGCGCCAAUGCUAUUGCUAAAACAAAAAGCGAGACUCAUGGACAAGACAAGUGCAGCAAGACAAAUUAUGUCUUCACACAGCAGUUUUUCAAGAUCUGUGCCUUACCCAUCGCCGGAAAGGUAAGAUGUUAUGUACUAUUUAUAUUAAUACUCAUGCCAUUAUUACUACAUCUACUUUUUUUUAAAUGAUAAUAAGGGAUGAGACGAGCAGGACGUUCAGCUGACGGUAAUUGAUACGCCCUGCCCGUUACAAUGCAGUCACUACAAAAUUUUAUAAGCAAACUGCUUGUCAGAUUUUCACGCGCCUUUUAUUAUUUAUAGAUAUAUUUAUAAGACACAAAACUAGGCGUCGUAAAUCAUGUAUCGUAUAGAGAAAAAGGAAAUAAUCUAAAAUUGCGGCUAGCACUUUCAGUUACAUGAGUACAGUGAGCA